UGUUUGGCAUUAUAUUUUUUUUUUACAGAAAGAGGAAAAAGAAGGAAUUUAUGCGAUGGACACUCAAUUCGUUGAAAAAAUUGUUCAUGAAGUUAAAUCUCAAGGAGUAUUCGAUGAAUUUCGGAAGGAUUCGAUGGCGGAUGUAGACACAAAGCCAGCGUACCAAAAUUUAAGGAAAAGAGUGGAGGAUUCAGUUAAGAAAUUUUUAGCUGAACAAAAAUGGCAGCCAGAGAUUAAUAAAAAUCAAUUGCGUGAAAAAUUGAGACGUCACAUUGCCGAGUCCGGUUUCUUAGAUGUAGGGGUGGAGCGUAUCGUAGAUCAGGUGGUUAAUCCGAAAAUUGGCAGUAUCUUUCAGCCUCGUAUAGAAGAGAUUGCUUAUAAAUAUUUAGGUAUACCACCUAAAAAAUAUGAACCGCCGCCUCCGCCUCUAAUGCAUCCUUUGCCACCAUUACCAAUGGGUGGACAACCAUUGAAAGUGCAAACAUCAGACCUCUUGCCGAAUGAUUUGGAACAAGUCAGCCCCGAUUCGGAUAAAGCUACUGUGAAAUCUGAAGGGCAAGGUGAGGGUGAAUGCGAUAUGGAAAUUGAGAACGAUAAUAGAACUCAAGAUGAUGAUGACGAGUCCCCUCCCUUUGAACCUUUGGGAAAUGAAGAAAAAUUGAUCACUUCUCUGAAAAGAGAAAAAGAGUUUGAUAUUAAAACAGAAAUUAAAGAAGAAGCGGAAAUAAAACAGAGUCAACAAAUCAAAGAAAAUGUUCAGGAUAUAGCACUUCCUGCAAAGGCUAACCAAAGACUGGUAACGUGUGCGCAAGAGAAUGAAAUUAUAGACACCGACAGAGAGACCAGCCAAUCAUUGGAAGCGAAGGUUUCGCAAAUUUCGCAAUUAUCUAGUGUUUCGAACGAUAGCUUUUCAGAGGCAUCAAAAGUCGUCAUAGAAGGCAGUCACAGUCAAGAAGAAGCGGUGGCAGCUAAUAUUUCGGAAGAAGCUCAAAUGCCAAAAUUUAAUGAAAAUUCUAGUGAGACUUUUGUUUCCGCAGAAAUAUCAAAGGGGAAAGAAUUUCAACUUCAUUUCGACAUAAAGAAAGACGAGAUCAAAUUCGAGGGCACUGAACGUAACAUUAAUACCUUGAAUAGACAAAACUCCCCCUCACCUUUAAAGGGAGGAGAGUCAAAGGAAACAGCUCAAGAAGAGAACGAUAAAAUUCAACAAAGCAAGUCGGCCUUCAAAUUCGUGGCCUACAAUAGCAGCAAUAGCAAUGUUGAACAACCGGCUGCCUCCAGUACUCAGAAGAGUGUAGAUUCUUUUGCAGAUGAUACUACGUCGUCGGCGCCGCUGGUUAUAGCGUCUGACGCUGAAGUAGGAUUCAAAGAUAAGGAAAUUAUUGUGGAACAUAAAUCAUCGCCCAAAACCGCCAAGGAACAGAUGUCUUGCAAUACGUCUACAACUACAACUACAGAAAUUCAAAAUACCAUGACAUCGCCCGUAAUUAACCAUGUAGGUGAUAAGGAGUAUUUUAGCACUAAAUAUUCCUCAUCGUUGUCAUCAAAGUAUAAAAAACAUGCUAAAGAACAUCGUCGUUCGCAUGACAAAGAGAGAGAUCAUCGCCAUUCUCAUUCCAGUAAAGAUAGUAAAGAUGAGAGGAGUAAAGACAGAUAUCAUCAUCGCAGUAGCAGCAGUGGCAGUAGUGGUCACAAUAAACACAGCUCUUCGAAAACAAAGCAUUCAUCCUCCUCAGCUACACGCAAAGAUAGUUCAAAAAAUUCAAAGCACUCGUCGUCCUUAUCAACAGAGAAGGAUAAGCAACGAUAUCAUCAAUAUAAAGAGAGUUCUUGUUCUUCAACGACUUCAUCUAAGCGAAGUGAAAGAAAAGACGAUCACAGUGAGGUUAAAACUAAGCUAAUAAAACGUAAAUCAACCGAUUCAAAUGAUGACAAUGAUAAAUCUUCAGGAACAUAUGGAACCCCUUCGGUACCAUCGAAGCCAAGUAACCAGGCUACAUCCUCAUCUGGGAAGUCAAAACCUAGGUCAAAUAGCGACACGAAAAAGACUAGCACAACAAAAACGAAUGCGAAAACUUCCGCUUUAAGCGAGCCCGAACUGCGUCACGAACACCAAAACAAAGUUGUGAUAUUAAAUGACAUUUUGGAAAAUCCUCAAACAAAUUUUAUAGACUUAGAUGUACGAACAUCUUCAGAGGCCGGCGUCCAUGUAACAGUAUCUACAAAAAAGGCCGAAAUCGUUACAUCUCAGUCUUUCAAGUCUUCCGUUCAAGUCUCAUCUGAAAAAGACAAUGAGAUUAAUGAAAAGUUUUCUUCAGAUUUAUUUUUCUUUGAAGAUCGGCUUCAACAAUUUAAUGAACGCCUUAAAUUAUUAGACGUUGUAAUAGACUCGUAUCGUAGAUCUAUAAAUAAUUUCCGGUUUGAUCCUGCUGAACGCGAAUAUAGUGAACGAUUUUUUUUAUCCCAUGAUGACGAAUUACAUAACAAUAAUAAUCGUUAUCUGAUCAAAAAAGUAGGACAAAAUUAUUCCACCAUUCAUGUAGACAAUACGGCAUUACAACAACAACUUGAAACAACACCGUGUAAACGUUUUAAGCUAAAUGAGGUGGACAAAUGCACGGUUACCGCUAAGACGUCACCAAUUUCCUCAGAUAGUGGCAGUAUUAAUUCGAAAGAAAAUGAAAUUGUCGACAAGAACAAAACCGGUGUCGAGUCUAACUCGAAAUCAGUGCACUUGAAAGAUCGUCUUAAGACUGUUCAAAAACUGACGCAACAACAACGUUAUACCAGUGAAGACCUAUAUAAACCGCGUCCUAUAUUAGGUCAACGUUCACGGCGCCGUGGAGUAAUGGAUACCGUACUAUGAUUAGAUGCAAUUUUUAAUCUCUAAUAUUUUUUUAUUGCUUAGUUAUAACAUAUAAAAAAAAGAGUGUCACGGAGAUGAGCAAAAAAUUUUUGUAUACACAUAAAAAAAAAAGAAAAAAACAUUUAUUGCCGUAACUCCCUAAAUCUGAAAAAGCGUAAACGUCUUCCUAAGACCUAAACUUUUCGCUUGUGGUAGUCGCCUAGCUUCAAAAGUUUUAGCCUUUUUUCGGUUAAAUAGUUUACUUACGUGAUACGGUCUUGUCUACGAGCAUUGGUUUUGACAAAGCUUCUUCUUUUGGGCUGAAUACAAUCCUUUUACCUUUGCUUUUCUUCUAGACUUUGCUUCUUUAUCCUUAAUUCGUAAUUGCCAUCAAUGUAAUGGUACGAUCGAUUUUUAUCGUACACCUUUCAGUGUCUAAACUUUGAUCUAAGUACACUAGAUUAUGUCUUAUACCUGCAAUAAUUUGAGAUGCGUAUUAGAUAUCCCGCAAAGUACAUACCUUUUUGACCGGCAUAAGAUAUAAGAUAUAAAUCGGUUCAAAUAUGUCUGCUAUCUGUUUUUGGAACGCUUAUAAAAAUUGACAAAAACUUGAAUAUGGAUAUAUAACUAGCUUUAGUUAAGUGGUGUGAAUAAACUUUAAAAAUGUUCACUUCGACCGUAAACUCUUCGAAAAUAGCAAAGAACUUCACAUUACCAUUCAUAGUAGAUAGUAGUAGUUGUGUAGAUCUUUAUUGCGGGAAGGGAAAUGGCCUGUCCUUAAGAGAAAAACCCCUUAACAGUUAUUGCCCUCUAACACGAUACUCGCAUUUGUGAAAACCGUUGAAGAUUUCGAUGCAAAGGUGAGUGCGCCUCGUGCGUUCAUAACAGACAAAAAGCUGUAACUUUCGAAUCUUAAAAAAUCUGCUAAACGUUUGCUACGACAUUAUUAACGACGGCUUCGAAUCUCCACAUCUGCCUCUUCUACCACUAAUAAUAAUAAGGAUACUUUAAGUUUAGAUAUCUAAAAGGGUUUGUAAGAUCGAUCGAUCUUUUUAUUAUGUCUCUUGAUUCAUAUUCAUAUUUUUGCAAUCAUUCGGGUCAGUUUUCGAUCAAAUGAACCGUUUUUACGACCACUCCUCUUUUAUAAAAAAAUUCGUAAUUUAAAAAAAUGUGGUAUUUUUGAUAUUUUCUGAAAUCACAAAAAUCAUUGAAAAAGUAAUGUAUUGAACGGGAGAGAUUUAGAUAGGACGGAACCAUUUUUUGGACGCUCUGCGAAACACAAGCUCUUACAAAAACCUAGAAAUAUGAAUAUUGCUCUCGAUUAGUUAUUGCACAUGUAAAUUUAACGUAUUAAAUUUGGAGUGUGAUCCAAUUCUUUUAGACAGCCUCCUUUGGAAGAUAAUAUUUUAUGACGAGGAUUGGUCAAGUGGUGUUGAGCAUUUAUACGACUAUAACGUGUACCGUAAUGUAUAACGUAACUUACCAUAUUUAUAUAAAAAUUCUUCUUCUUCCUCUGCAAGUCAGCAAAUCAACAACAGAUGAUUCAAUGUGUUAAAUAAAAUAACAUUUUUACAAUUCUACUGCAUUAGGCCGACGAAAAGGCUGCUGCUUACUAUUGUUCGCCUUAAUUUUAUAAGUUUGAUUUAGCUUUAGGACCUUUUUUGGUUCUUUUUUCAUUCAACAAAUUGAUUGUUAUUACUGCAGUUUCAUUUCAUUAAUCAAAAAUCGUAAUUACGCAUCAGCUGACAGCGGAGUGCGAGGCAAUGAGCCACUCAAAAAAGUCGUGAAGAAGUUGACUCUACACACCAAAAAAAAUCACCCAAGUGCACUUCGACGAAGUGUUCGCGAACAGAAGACCAGUGUAUUCGCUAGCGGAGGAUGUAAUAUAUGUGGAUGCGGGUAUACGUAUAGGAAAGCUGCGAAGACCGAGGGGCACAAAACUGUCGUCGUUUUCAGAGCGCGAAGCCUGCUGACGAGGUUCAGCGUUGUUCUCAACAGGUAACCCUGCACCAGACACGGUGCAGGAAUUGGAAUGGAGACAAGGCUAGAAGAGAAUCUCCAACUCGCUGAGGAGACCGGCCUGGACGUCAGAGUUGUUGUCUGCGAUAGGAAUUCCUACAAUAAAAGAUUUGUUGCAAAUUUCAUAAAUAGGGUGUACACCGGCACAGGCGGGCAUACGGCAGCCCGACUACCGGCACUUAUUAGAUGUGUUCGGUAGGAAAAUCUUCGUUAAUAAUGACGGAGCCGCGUACGACAUGAGACUAGCUGCGAACCUGGCGCAAACGAGCGCGCCAGCUCUCCAUCUGGGACCAGAGAUGCCAUUAUAUAGCCUACCGUGGGGAAUUGUCGUUACUGGUCAGUUCCACAAUGACAUAUAGGGCGCAACAUUCCAAGCUGCAAUAAACGCCAGGGAAGUCUCGGCCUUACACGAUGGUGACAAAGUGCAGAGGAUCGUCAUGGUUACCAAAUUCGCGAAUGUCUUCCACCGGAGGUCCAUCAACAGUAGCAGAUGGAUGGAGUUCAAAGGUGAUCUGGAAGAUAUCAGAAAUUACUUAGAGGCGAAUUUAACCCGGACUAUGUAUCGAUGGAUGGAAUUAUCAAUUUUACUGAACUUAUGGACGAGCUGCUGGAGGCUUACCCUGGUAUAACUAUACCUCCAUUAGCUGGAUAAGCCAGGACCUGGAGGAAAGGUUCUUCCACAAGGCGUCAACAAAAGGACUAGAUCGUCAGUGGAAAUAAUGGAUUAACGAAAAGACUCGAAAACCUGAUGGUGACAAAAUGUUCUGGUGGAUUCAGAGCCGAUGAUGACUACUUUCUCAUCGACAACAUGGAUUACAAAAUUAAAGCCCAGGCUGAAGAAGAUUUUACACCAUUCGUCCUCGAUGGAGGUAUUCGGUGAUCGCGUGCAGGCAACUGUGGUGACAAGGCUUGCCUUGUUCAGGGCGUCAGGAUCCUGCAGUAGCGGCAGUAAUUUAAGAGCUACUUUAACCAACGCCGUGGAAAUGUCUUUACAACAAUGCGCGCAUUUGGGUCGUAAUGGUAAAUAAUUAGUUUAUUUGGAUCGCUAGUAUUGUGUUAUUUUUUUCACAAAAUAAAGUCUUUGCUGUGUUUAACCCUA